CUCAGCCGACGGAUUGUCGCCCACGUACAUAACUAUCGGACGAGUACUUCAAUCGCCAACAAACAAUCUGGCUCAUCUUAUACCAUCCAAGCAUGAUCACUCCCCUAUGAUGGCGUCUCGAUUCUCGUAGAUCUAGUAGGUAUAAAAGAUGCUUCACGAGUGCGAGCCGUGCCGAUUGACGGUCGCGGUGAUGCCCUGGUAAAUGGGAAGAGACCUGUGCGCACUUCAUUCACCGUCCAUUCCUCUAUGCUCUCUGCUACCUGGCGAAGUGGUAUGCGCCUAUGCUUUGGCACAAGUCCCGAGCGCUACGAUCUGAGAUAUCAGAUGGUCGAUAUAGAUGUUCUCCAUGGCCCACCUCACGCAUGUCGCCGUCAUCUACCAGUCACCCAAGUUGCUUUUUCCUCAUGCCUGCGUGUCUUCGUCCACACCUCUUGUAGUCGACCAAAGAAGACGGGCGUGACUUGACUGGGGCUUGAUGGCCUCCGCGAUUACCUAGAGAUGAACCUUACACCUUUGAUCACCGCGUAAGGCUCAAUCCGCGAACCAUAACCAUCAUGCCGAAAGGUGUCGCAUAGAACGUAGACUAGGCAUCAACUCCUUUAUGAUGGAGAUGAUGGAGAUGAUGGGCGACUAUGUCGUUCGAUACCUCUUGAUCACUAGGAAAGCGUUACUCCAUAUCAAGUUCAUCCUCACCGUUGCGACAGCAAUCAUGAUUGUCUGCACAUGUUACAAGGUCUACAUUCCACCACGACCUCUCGUUACGCAGCGGAUUAUCCUUACAUCUAUCGCCGUCGUGGCACAGCUGACGAAAGACGAAAGAGCUCCCCAUCAGGCGAAUCCGAAAAUGUGUCUAAGUCCCCCUUUUACCAAGGAUCUGUCGUGCCCCACCGACGACCUUGAAUCUGGAAUACUCUUUCCGGCCCUUUCGCUAAAUCAUACUUUCGAGCAAGGACGUAGUGCAAUUAAAUGUGGAUAAAAACAUUAGCGAUCUCGAUCAUGAGAAGUUUCUUCCUUGGCUGUGUCACUCCAUGUUCCUUUAGGACGUUAGGUUAUAUAAUGAUCAAUAUAAUGAUCAAAAGCUUGCGGUGAUGUUUGUGGGCUACAUAAAAACUUAUCGGUGAACACGAGUCUGUGAAAAAAAGAAGAUGGUGAGAAUUGGAACAAAAACGACUAUUUAGGGUUCCUCGUCAUUUUCAGAUACUAGCAGCGACUCAGAAGAAAAAGUACCGUACUGGAAUGCGUUUUGUAUCGUCCUUCUCCGAUGGCGGUAAAGGCCGCGCAGUCGGAUUUGUGCGAUGAAAGAUAUGAGACUACACCAUCUCAUAAAGCAGGAGGUUCACAGCGUCGCCAUUCCAGUUCCCUUCAGAUCCUUCAGCAUUGUAUAUCCUCCUCAAACAUGCCUAAAGGUCCCAUCUAUCUACCAGUCACCUCAAACGAUGUACCCUCCUCUGAGGGUAUAUCCAAGCGCCGUUGGCCGCUGAUUGUCCUCGGUCUUUUGGCUGCUUCUUCUAUUAUCACAUCCUGGCCUUUAUCCGUGUCCCAGCUUAUCACCUACAAAGGGGAUUACUCUGCGUAUAAUGGAAGCUUGAGAGACGGACUCUGUGCCCAGGCAGAACCUAUCAUGCCCGCCGGCUACGACACGAGCAAGAUUUGGGAGGACAAGGAUAUCAUUAUCAAGAGGCUUCAGGAAGCUGUUCGAAUCCCUACCGAGGUCUUCGACGAGAUGGGCCCCGUCGAUGAAGAUCCUAGAUGGGAAAUCUUCACUGAAUUCCAUGCUUUCCUCGAAAAGACGUUCCCUCUCAUUUAUGAGGUGGCCGAGGUGACCGAGACUGAUUGGGCAUUGGUCUACGAGAUCCAAGGCUCCAACCCAUCUCUCAAACCUCUUUUCCUUACUGCUCAUCAGGAUGUCGUCCCCGUCUUGCCCUCUACUAGAAGCCAAUGGACCCAUGAUCCUUACGGCGGCGAAUACGAUGGCACAGUCAUUCACGGUCGAGGUGCUUCGGACACUAAGAGCAGUCUGAUUGCUGUGAUGUCUGCCAUCGAACAUCUCCUUAAGACCACUGACUUCAAACCCAAGAGGACCAUCAUUCUGGGCUUUGGCAGCGAUGAGGAACGCGGUGGCCAAGUCGGCGCACCUGCUAUCGCUCGGUACCUCCUGGACAAGUACGGACGGAACUCUAUGGCUCUCCUCAUUGAUGAGGGAUCAGGUAUGAUCAACACUUGGGGCCAGCAAUUCGCUACCCCGGCUGUCGCUGAGAAAGGCCACUACGACCUGGGUAUCACCGUCUCCACCCUGGGUGGACACUCUUCCGUACCUCCUCCUCACACAGCCAUCGGUCUCAUCUCCUUGCUUAUUGCGGAGCUCGAGCGCAACCCUCACGAAGCUACUAUUGCCGAGUCUUCUCCUGUUUACGAGUUUAUGACUUGCGCAGCUGCCUAUGCCAAAGACAUGCCAAAAAGAUUAAAAAGUAUGAUUAUCAAGGCUGAGGAUGGAGAUCCAAAGGCUUGGAAGAGCUUGCCUGAAGAAAUCAUCAGCGUUGGGAUGGGUGGAGCACCUGCCGGUCCUGGUCAGGGUGAUCCGAUCAAGAGUAUGUUGACUACUACCCAAGCUGUGGAUAUAAUCCAGGGUGGGCUGAAGGUAAAUGCUUUGCCCGAAGCUGUGACUGCCAUCGUCAACCACCGAAUCAACAGUCUUUCCAACCACUUCGAGCUCCAAGGCCGAACCCUGAACCUCCUCAAACCUGUGUGUGAAGACUACAACCUUACCCUCAUCGGUUUUGAGGGCGAGACCGUCUUUGAGGGCUCCCCCACUUCCAAAGUCAUUCUCGACGAAGCAUUUGGCUAUUACACCGACCCCUCCCCCCAUAGCCCUGUGAGCAUCGAAGACCCGGCUUGGAGGGUGAUGGCGGGGACAGCGAGAGGUAUGUGGGCGAGUAGAAAGGAGGUCAGUGAGGAUGGGAAGAUUGUAGAGCUUGAAGCUGGCGAUGAUUUGAUUAUGGCUCCGUUUAUGAGCACUGGUAACACUGACACAAGGCGUUACUGGGACCUCACCCCAAACAUCUAUCGAUUCCGAUACACCCCCAUGGCGGGUUCUGCCGGAGCGCAUACCAUCAACGAAUACUCAAACGCUGAUGAUCUUGUCGAGUUUGCGAGAUUCUACCAAGCGAUGAUACUGAACUUGGAUACUGCUGAAGAUGUGGCGUAAGGUACCCAUUUUAACUGAUGAAAUGGUGCGCUUUUUUUUAUCGUGUUGUUGUGCUUUGGGAACUGUUUUCGGAAGAUGUUGGAGAAGUGAAGAUGUCAAAUACGCUCUAGAGUUUGUAAAUGAAUAAAACCAAUAAAUUAUUAUGUUCGUGAUUAAUGGGGAGAAUAAUCAUCGUGAAACAUUGUUGGGAUAC